AUGGCCAAUUCCCUCAACGGCCGGAACCCGCGCAAAGGACGGAUCCUGGGCUUCAUUGAUGCCAUUCAGGAUGCUGUGGGCCCCCCCAAGCAGGCAGCUGCCGACCGGAGGACUGUGGAGAAGACCUGGAAGCUUAUGGACAAAGUGGUCAGAUUGUGCCAAAACCCAAAGCUUCAACUCAAAAACAGCCCACCUUAUAUACUUGACAUUUUACCUGACACUUACCAACAUUUGCGACUUAUACUCAGCAAGUACGAUGACAACCAGAAACUUGCACAACUCAGUGAGAACGAAUAUUUUAAAAUCUACAUUGACAGUCUCAUGAAAAAAUCUAAGCGGGCUAUAAGGCUCUUCAAAGAAGGAAAAGAAAGAAUGUAUGAGGAGCAGUCACAGGACAGGAGGAACUUAACAAAGCUGUCCCUCAUCUUCAGCCACAUGCUAGCAGAAAUCAAGGCCAUUUUUCCAAAUGGCCAGUUCCAGGGUGAUAACUUUCGUAUCACCAAAGCCGAUGCUGCAGAUUUCUGGAGAAAAUUCUUUGGAGAUAAAACUAUAGUGCCAUGGAAAGUGUUCAGGCAGUGCCUUCAUGAAGUUCAUCAGAUAAGCUCUGGUUUGGAAGCAAUGGCUCUUAAAUCUACUAUUGACUUGACCUGCAAUGACUACAUUUCAAUUUUUGAAUUUGAUAUCUUCACUAGAUUAUUUCAGCCAUGGGGUUCAAUCUUAAGGAACUGGAAUUUCUUAGCUGUGACACAUCCUGGCUAUAUGAAAGGCGAUAUUGCAUUCCUGACGUAUGAUGAAGUGAAAGCAAGAUUGCAAAAAUACAGCACAAAGCCUGGGAGCUACAUUUUCAGACUGAGUUGCACCCGCUUGGGACAGUGGGCCAUUGGGUAUGUGACUGGUGAUGGGAACAUACUGCAGACCAUUCCUCACAAUAAGCCAUUGUUUCAAGCUUUGAUCGAUGGCAGCCGGGAAGGAUUCUAUCUGUUCCCAGAUGGACGAAGUUAUAAUCCUGAUUUGACAGGAUUAUGUGAACCCACACCACAUGAUCACAUAAAAGUCACACAGGAGCAGUAUGAAUUGUAUUGUGAAAUGGGUUCCACCUUUCAGCUUUGCAAAAUCUGUGCAGAGAAUGACAAGGAUGUGAAGAUAGAGCCUUGUGGACACCUUAUGUGCACUUCUUGUCUUACAGCAUGGCAGGAAUCUGAUGGCCAAGGCUGUCCUUUCUGCCGCUGUGAAAUCAAAGGAACUGAACCAAUCAUUGUGGACCCGUUUGAUCCAAGGGAUGAAAACUCCAGGUGCUGCAGUAUUAUUGAUAGCUUUAGUAUGCCCAUGUUGGACUUGGAUGAUGAUGAUGAUAGAGAAGAGUCUUUAAUGAUGAAUCGUUUGGCUUCAGUCCGAAAG